AUGUUGAUCGAGUUUAACAACCAUGGAAACAAAUCUCCAGAAUUAGAAAUAACUUCAUUCUCAGCAGAAAAAGGUAGAGUUGAGGAGAAUACCAUUAUUGGGAUGGAGGAUGACUUCAACACCAUAUUUGAUCGCCUCAUUUCCCAAAGAAACGAGUUAACUGUCAUACCAAUUUUUGGUAUGGGCGGUAUAGGUAAGACAACUCUUGCCAGAAAAGUUUAUGAUGAUUCAUAUAUUCGUUCUCGAUUUGAUAGACAUGCAUGGGUCACUGUCUCCAAUGAAUACAAUAAGAGACAAAUGCUUCUUGAACUUGUCUAUUCAAUUACUGGAAGCAAUCAAGAAAUGAUGAGUGAUGAUCAACUAAUGGUCAAUGUGUAUAGAGGUCUUAAGGGUAGGAGAUUUCUAAUUGUCAUAGAUGAUAUUUGGAGUAACGAGGCAUGGAAAAAAAUGAAAAGAAUAUUUCCAAAUGAUGACAAAAAAAGUCGAAUUCUAAUAACCACCCGGCUCAAGUAUGUUGCUGAUUAUGUCAGCUGUCCUGAUUUUCCACCUCAUAGGAAGUCUUUUCUAAGUCUAGAAGAUGGUUGGAGUCUAUUCACAGAAAAAUUAUUCAAAAAAGAUCCAUGUCCUCCUCACCUAGAAGAAAUAGGGAAGCAUAUUGUACAACAAUGUCGAGGUUUACCUCUCUCGGUUGUUGUCGUUGCUGGACUUGUUGGAAAAAUGGACCCAACACAUGAUAAUUGGAAGAAGGUUGAGAAAAAUCUGAACUCAUUCUUUGGUACAGUAUCCGAACGGUGCCAAUCAAUUCUUUCUCUGAGUUACAGUUACUUGCCCCAACAUUUGAGGGCUUGUUUUCUCUACAUGGGAGGUUUUCCUCAAGAUAGAGAGAUUAAUGUUUCCAAAUUGAUUAGACUAUGGAUUGCUGAGCAAUUCAUAAAGGAAAGAAGAAAUAAAAGGUUAGAACUAGUGGCAGAGGAGUAUCUAGAAGAGUUAAUUGAUAGAAGUCUAGUUUUGACGGGUAAACAAAGGGCUAAUGGAAGAAUGAAAACUUGCAAAAUUCAUGAUCUUCUGCGCGAACUAUGCCUAAGUGAAGCUCAUACUGAAAAUGUUGUGCAUGCCAUGAACGGGAAUGUCCUCAUGUCCAUGGAAGGCAUAGAUGAUCCACGACGAGUGAUUGUUCUGUCUAAACAUGAAGAGAAGCAUGUUUAUCGUACAAGGCAUAGCAGUGGUAGAACAACUAUGACCCGCACCUUUAUUUCAAUGCCAUCUUCUGGUUUAUAUUUUCCAAAAGGGAUUUAUUUUUGUGUUUCACAGUUGAAGUUGAUUAAGGUGUUAGACGUAUUAUUAAUUGAUUACGAUUUCUCUUGGAUAAUACCUCAACUUGUACAUUUGACAUAUGUUGCUGCAAGAAUUAAGGGAGUUGUUUCACUAGACAAAUUGAGAAAUCUACAGACCAUAAUUCUUAUGAGUCUUAAAAUGGCAGUGUUGAAUCACCCACUAGAUAUUUGGAGAUUGUCAAGGUUAAGACAUGUGGAUAUUCGAUGGCCAUUAUAUAUAUCUAAUCCUCAAAACCAACCUUUGUUACUAUCACUCUAA